AUGGUGCCGAAGGUGGCUCUCCAACCAAUUAAUCGUGUUAUGAUAACAGAGGACCUCGCCAGGGCCUCUCGUGGCUCCAUAAAGAAAAUCGUGUCCCACUUACCAACUCGCUCACCAAAAUACCGACGAGCGGCGCUCAUGGAAAAUGUGUUCUAUAGUCUGAGGCACAGGCGCUGUUUUGGCUGCUAUGCCAGUGGUCCUAGUUCCUCGCGUCGGUCAGUCAGUGAGUAUCCCCGCUGGUCGGAGUCAGCGCCGGCCAGCCGUGAAGCCUCUCGUCCACGUCACUAA